CCUCCCUUCUCGCCCUUUCAAGCACUGCUACUUUCGAUCUUUCACCCUUUCUGCUUUUUUUUUGCAACACACUCUGUCAAGCCAUGUCACCGAACAGUGGCUGGCGUGCCCAAAUGGGCGCGGCGGCGGCCGGCGCCACGCCGGCCGGCAAGGGCGCCACGCCGGAGCAGGCGCGCGCCGGCGUGACCCCGCACGCACACAGCAUCCCGCCGCCGGCCCGGGCGCCGACCCUCUUCGAGCGGCGGAUGGCCAACUCCAACGGCACGUCCAAGGGGCCGGAGGCGCAGGCCCAUGCGCCGGGCGGGCCGGCGCACCCGCCGUACCGGGGCCCGCGGCAUGAGGCCCCGGCCGAGGGGCCGCACCUGCUGGCCGGCGAGUCGGCCGCCAGCGGGCACUGGCGCCACCCGCAGGAGCUGCCGGAGCGGCGGAUCCUGCGGCUGCUGGGGCUGACCGGGCGGCCGGCGUCGCCGGGGCCCGGCAGCCCGGACGGGUCGCUGGGGGCCGGGCGCAUCGAGGCCCGGGCCCUGGUCCGGCACCUGGAGGCCUACAUGGACCGGGUGCGGCUGGGCCUGGCGCCGGAGUCGCCGGAGUCGCCCGGGAGCCCGGGCAGCCCGGGCAGCCCGACCGGCGUGACGCUGCCCGGGACGGCGGCCUGGUCGCCGCGGGCGGCCGGCGGGCCGGCCACCGGGGCGGCCCUGACGCCGGACCGCGACGCGGCCCUGGUGGCGGCGCGGUUCUUCUCCCGGGUGAAUAUGAGCGCGCGGGAGCUGGAGGCGCAUGCGGCGUCGUUGCAGGCGGCCGGGGCGGCCGAGGAGGCGGCCGAGGCGCGGGCCGUGGCCGAGGUGGUGCGGAGCGCCCACCGCCGGGGGAUGUGCGUGGCGCAGAUGGCCCGGCGGAGCUCGGCCGAGCAGCUGGAAACCGUGCUGGCGCCGGUGUCGUAUUGGCGGGCGGCGCGGGACGCGCACUUUGCCCUGACGGCCGGGCGGCUGUCGCGGGUGGACGCCCCCGGGGCCAUGGGGGCCGCGUGGUGGUGGUCGGCCGGGUGCUGCACCGAGCCGCCGGCCAUCGACGGGUGGCAUGGCGGCGGCGGCGGCGGCGGCGGCGGCGGCGGCGGCGGCGGCAGCCCCUCGCGCCAGGGCCGGGCCCACCUGGCCGAGGAGGAUCUCCUGGCCCGGGCCCUGAGCAGCUGGACCCCGGCCGAGCUGGGGACCAUGCGCCGGGCGCUGGCCCGGUUCGAUGCCCUGGUGCUGGAGGAGGCGCGGCAGGGGGACGGGGUGCCGAGCUCGCCGCGGCCGGACUACCGGUCGCUCGGGUCGCCGAAGGCGCAGCGGCAAUUUGCCUCGGCGGCCGGGUGCUCGCCCUCGUCGCUGAGCCUGGCCGAGGGCGGCCUGGCGGCCGGGGUCCGGAGCGUGGCGGCCCCGGAGGCCGAGGGGGCCGACCCGGAUGCGGUGCGGGUGCGCCCGGCCGGGCCGGAUGUGUCGGCGGCCGUGGCCGAUGCGGCCGGGUGGCAGCGUGCCGCCCGGAGCUGGGGCAUCUGCGCCAACCGGGCCGCCGCCACGGCCAUGUACUAUUUGGACGCGCGGGCCGGGAUGCUGCACACCCUGGCGGAUGUGGUGGUGGCGGCGCACCGGCGGUGCGGGCCCGGCGGCCGGGCCGACGGGCUGCCGGGGUCGCCGCUGGCGGCCGGCCUGUCGCCGGAGCAGGCCGAGGCCCUGGAGCAGCUGGGCGCCGGGGACUUCCACUUUGGCCUGGCCGGGGCCAAGGAGGCCGCGGCGCAGCUGGUGGCCGAGCGGCCGGGCGACUGGCUGGCGCACGCGGCGGCGGCGCGGGCGCUGGCCCGGCUGGUGGGCCGCCUGCCGCGGGACCCGGUGCGGCCGGCGCACGGCCUGGGCCCGAUCGACGUGGCCACGGCCCUCUGCCUGGGGGACUUCCAUGCGCAGCUGUUGCCGAUCAUCCGCCGGCGGGUGUACGAGCAUCUGGGCGGGGGCCGGUGGCCGGCGGCCGGGCCGGCCCAGCCGGGGACCACCCCGACGGCCGGGGUCCGGGUGGCGUCGCCGCGCGGGCCGGAGUGGCCGUGCGAUGAUUUGCUGCCGGCCGGGCAUCCGUUGCAUGGGGGCCCGCGGCCGGUGGCCAUGACCGAGCGGCCGGACUACCGGUCGCUGGACCAGGCCCGGAGCCUGAAUGCCAUCUGGACCCAGCUGCUGGCCCUGUGGGGGGGGGACCUGCCGCGGCUGGCGGGCCGGGCCCCGCCGGGGAUCUGGCGCGCGCGGGUGAACUCCACCCCGGAGGCCAUCGAGGCGGCGCUGCUGGAGCUGGCCGAGGGGGACCGCCUGGAGGAGGGCGGCUCCGGCGGCGGCGACCCCCGGGCCCUGAGCCAUGUGGCCCAGUUGAAGGCCCUGUGCGGGCGGCUGACGCGCGGGGCCACCAGCCGGGCCCAGCGCCAGGGGCUGGAGGACCUGGUCCGGGCCCUGCGCACGCCGUAUGCCGAGCUGGCGCCGGAGUCGGUGGCGGCCCUGCGCCUGGCCCACUGCCUGGCCCAUCGGAUGGCGCCGAAGUUCGCCAAGUUCGAGCGGGCGCGCGGGGCCGCCGCCGGCACGCCGGUCACCGCCUGGUGCGGCUUCUUCGCCCUGCUGGGCGUGGAUGUGCAUGCCAUGCUGGCGGAGGUGGCCGCGGCCACCGGGCGCCCGACCGCCGCGGACAUGGCCCGCUUCCUGGACAGCGAGUCGGGCCGCGCGGCCGUCCGUGCGGCCGACGCCGUGUCCGGCAAGGAGAAAACCAUGAAGCGCGCUCGGCGCCUGGUGGCGGUCCUGGAGCAGCGCUGGGCCGCGGUCAAUGCCCAGGACAUUGACCUGCUGUGCCGGGUGCGCGGGCGCCUGCGGUACACCGCGUCGCUGGAUCGGUGCCCGCGGCGGGCGGCCGAGGCGGCCUUCUGGAGGGCGAUGCUCGGCACGCCGGCCUCCUUCCGGGCCGGGGCCCUGGCCCCCGGGUCGCUGAGUGGCUUCCACCGGCUGGACGAGGCGACGGUGGAGGUGCGCGGCGCGGCGGGCAGCCGCGUGCGUGUGGAGAUCCCCUCGUCGCCCCGGAGCGGCGGCGGCGGCGGCGGCGGCGGCGGCGGCGAUGGCGGCGCCUGGCACUCGUCCUCGCCGACCAUGCGCCAGUCGCCGGUCAGCAUGAAGCCCUUCGCGGCCGGGCACACGGCGGCGGCAGGCCCGGCGGCCCCGGCGGCCGGCUUCGGGUCGUCGCCCUCCGGCGGGGCGGCGCGGACCACGCCGGGGCUGGGGUUCGACCCGCGCCCGGUCCGGGCCACCGGCGCCGGCAAGGGGCCCAUCACGACCGAUGGCCGGUCGCCGGUGACGAGCCCGCGCGCGUCGCCGGUGCCGCUGAGCCCGCGGUCGGUGGCCUCGGGCCCGGGCCUGUCGCCCGGGUCGCCGACCAGCGUCAACACCGGGAACUUCAAGCGCCGGCGCCUGUCGGUGGCCGGCGAGCUGGCCGAUGUGUCGGACAAUGCGGCGGCCGCCGGGCUGGACCUGCAGCACCACCACCACCACCACCACCCGCACCGGGGGCCGGAUGCCGGCGAGACCCUGUCGUCGUCGCCGCCGCCGCCGGUGAAUGUGACCGCGGUCACGACGGCGGCCGCCCCCCUGGCCAUGAUGAGCCCGGGGGCCGGGUUCACCGGCACGGUGACCACUUUCCAGGUGUCGCCGCCGGUGUCGCCGCGGCAGCCGGCGGCGGCGGCGGCGGCGACGACGGCCCGGCCAUCCGGCUUCGAGGCCGAUGUGUCGUCCUCCCUGUCGACGGCCAGUGACCAGGGCGGCGCGGUGCCGGGGGCGCCGGCGGCCGGGCGCUUCGGCGCCCGAGCCAAUGCCCAGCAGCGGCAGCCGCAACAACACCACGGUCACUCGCCCGCGGCCGGGGUGGUGGCCGAUGUGCCGAGCACCACGCCGGGCGCCUCGUCGGCCACCGACGGGGCCUGGGGCGUGUCAUCCCCCUCGACGCCACCCUCCUCGGACCUGAUCGAGGAGAUGUCCGAGGGGGUGGUGUUGCACCAGCACCGGCGCGAGGGCGGCAAGUCGGUCCCGGUGGCGGGUGAGCCGGCCGCGAGCAAGGCCCCGCCGGCCGCGAGCAAGGCCAAGACGGCCGCGAGCAAGGCCAAGGCGGCGGCCGAGUUGCCCGCCUCGCCGGCCGCCUCGCCGGUCACCCGCGCGGCCAAGGCCACCACCAAGAAGCGCGCCACGCCGGCGGCGCCGGCCGCCGAGGAGGGCAAGAAGACGCGGACGAGCACGCGGGCGGCCGCCGCGGCCGCGGCGGCCGCCACCAAGCCCGCCGAGUCCCCGCGGCGCAGCACGCGUCGUGCCCCGGCGGCAGCCAGCAAGAAGAAGUGA